AUGGCAGAGCAAGCUUCUACAAUAAAUGCAACUUUCAAUGAAACUGCGGCAAAUGGAACCGCAAAGGUUCCUGCAACUCCCGAAGGAAUGGCCAUGGCAUACACGAGUUUGUUUUUGAUGGCCAUCUUACCUAUAUUUUUUGGUUCUUUCCGCUCAGUAAAGUACCAUAAGGAACAGAAGGAAUCUGGAGAAAAGCCAGAAACUAUGUCAUCAAAAGAUGCUGCUAUGUUUCCAGUGAUUGCCAGUUGUACAUUGUUUGGAAUUUACAUAGUCUUUCAGAUAUUUUCUAAAGAAUAUAUCAAUUUAUUGUUAGCUGUGUAUUUCUUCUUUUUGGGUGUUUUGGCUCUUGCCCAUAUUGCUAGUCCUAUUGUAUCUAAGUUAAUUCCAGAAGCCUUCCCUAAUAAAGAAUAUCAUCUUAUAUUUACUCAAGGGGUUAAAGAAAAGAAAGAAGAAUUAAUGAACUAUGAGUUUGAUCGUAAAGAUAUACUAUGUUUAGCUGGCUGUGCUGUUAUUGGUAUCUGGUAUCUUGUUAAAAAGCAUUGGAUUGCCAAUAAUUUGUUUGGGUUAGCUUUUGCUGUUAAUGGUGUAGAAAUUUUAUCAUUAAAUAAAGUCAGUACUGGAUGUAUAUUAUUAGGUGGUCUUUUUGUUUAUGAUAUCUUUUGGGUAUUUGGUACCAAUGUUAUGGUUACAGUUGCUAAAUCCUUUGAUGCACCAAUUAAAUUGGUGUUCCCUCAAGAUUUGUUAGAGAAGGGAUUAGCAGCUAAUAAUUUUGCUAUGUUAGGUUUAGGUGAUAUUGUUAUACCUGGUAUAUUUAUAGCCCUUCUUCUGAGAUUUGAUCUGAGUUCUUCAUCAAAAGUUAAAAGUAAAACAUAUUUCUAUGCUGGUUUUAUUGCUUAUAUUCUUGGUUUAGGAACAACAAUCUUUGUCAUGCAUUUCUUUAAACAUGCUCAGCCUGCAUUGUUAUACCUUGUUCCAGCCUGUGUUGGUAUCCCAGUAUUUGUUGCUCUGGUCAAAGGAGAUGCUAAAGCAAUGUUUUUGUAA